UAGUUUCUUGCAGGACGCUCCUCCGGUAAUAAUGGUGAAGCCUGGGCGUGUAGCGCGGCCUACUGCGCGGUCUGCCGGUCUUGGAGGCUCGGGACAACCGCAGGCGCGACAGCAGCAGCAGUCGCAGGGACAGCAGCGCUUGGCCUCACGGCCGGGACAGCGCAGCAAAGAAAAGAAGAAAGUGAAUUGCAAGCCUAAAAACCAGGAUGAGCAAGAAAUCCCUUUCCGGCUCCGAGAGAUUAUGAGGAGCCGACAGGAGAUGAAAAAGACACUAAGUAACAAGAAGAGAAAAAAGGAAGCCCAGGUGGCUUUCAAGAAGACAUUGGAAAAGGAAGCGAAAGGAGAGGAGCCAGACAUCACUGUCCCCAAGUUCAAGCAGAGGAAGGGGGAGUCUGAUGUGGCCUACAUCCAGCGCAUGGAGCAGGAGGCCCAGCACGUGCUGUUUCUUAGCAAGAACCAGGCCACUCGACAGCCAGAGGUGCAGGCAGCUCCCAAGAAGGAGAAGUCUGAGCGGAAGAAAGCGUUCCAGAAGCGACGACUUGAAAAGGCCCAGAAGAAGAAGGAAGCACGAGCAGUGGACAGAUUGGAGCAAGAGUUGCUAAAAGAUACCGUAAAGUUUGGAGAAGUUGUGCUGCAGCCCCCGGAGCUGACAGUUCAGCCUAGAAGGAGCACAAGCAGAGAUGCGCCUGGGAAGAAAUCACUAAUGCUGAAGAUGCUUUUGGGCCCUGGUGGUGUGUCCCCGGCUCCAGCCACCUCACUGGCCCGCCAGCGGAUCCUGGGGGAAGAGCGGGAACGAGCUGUUCAGGCUUACAGAGCCCUGAAGAAGCUGCAUCGACAGGAAGUGACACCUGCACAGCCACCAGGCAGCUCUUCCCAGAGGCAGCCUCAGGCUUGUCUAUGAAGCAGAGACAUAAGGGUCUAAUCCUCUGGAAACUGGUCCGGGAGCUGUUAGACCUUGAUGAGGGAGAGACAGCAGAUCUUCCUUCCCGGGUAGGUCCUGAGAGUAAGCUUUCAGUUUGGAAGGGUGCUUUCUCCUUCCCCUGAAGAUUGUCCUUUUAAAAAUGACCACCUCUGUAUCCCAUCUCAUGCAGGGCAAGUCCCCCACAACACUUGCCUGGGACACAGCUGGGAGAGCUGGUAUUUUCCCUGAGCCUAGCUUCAUUCUAAAACAAGUCUUGGCUGAGACAAGCCAGGACCACUGUGGAAAGGACUCAAUCCCUUAAUCCAGCUAAUUACUGAAGCAGCUGGUGCAGGUCAGCCUCUUGUUUUAAGAAGCUCCUGUGGGCUCACUGCAACCGCUGGAAAGCAGGUUAGCAGGACUUUGGAAGAGCAGAGAUGCCAAGGACAAGGGGUAGGCUGGCAGCCAGCACCUUUUUUUAAAAUUGGCCUGCAGGGGUCUGUACUCCUGACUAGAACUCCCAGUCCACGUUUGGUUUGACUAGAGAUGGAGUGUCAGUACUGGCUGAGUGCCUUGAGGUAUACACAUGAAAACCAGGUUUCAGUGGUUGACAAAGCAGAGUAUUUAUACUAAGAGGGUACAAGACUUGGGAGUCCAAAGCCAGUCUUGACUUGAGGCAAAUGUGAAGAAGGCCUGCCUGAACAGGCUGAGAGAGUGUCUUAGAAACCUUACCUAGAUAUCAAAAGAGCUAAGCUUGGACCCUGCUGGGGAAGCCCACAGUCCUUUACCAGACUUUGGAGCCUCCCUCUAACAAAGCUGGUGCAAAUAGUGUGCUUUUAGUUUGUCUUUCAAAUGUGUAUUUUCCAGAGUGAAGUUUAUUUUUUUAUGCCCCCUCCCCCAGCGAAGUUUAUUAAAGUUAUAAAGUUUUACUCUCUUUGAAGUCUGGGCCGUUGCUCUCCGACACACUUAUUCACAGCACCAGUCAGCAUGUGUCCAUGUAACGGGAUGAGUGUGCAAACAUACUCCCAACAGUACCAGGGGUCAGAAGAGAGUAGGGUGCAUUGGCCACUUGAUUUCCCACUGGGUAUCAAGACUAGGGCCAGGAAGCCACUGUUACAAGAGGGUAUGGACUUUUGAGUUCUUGAGAAGCAACACAGCCAUCCAUCUAAAGCACAACUGGCCAACUGUGAGCUGCACACACAGCUCUGGGUAAUUAUCCCUUACAGGGCCCACGCCCAUAUGUGCUAUAUAAGUACACUGUAGCUGUCUUCACCAUUACAGAUGGUUGUGAGCCACCAUGUGAUUGCUGGGAAUUGAACUCGGGUCCUUAGGAAGAGCAGUCAGCACUCUUAACCAUUGAGCCAUCUCUCCAGCCCCAACAUUUACUAAAGCAGCCCCACCCAUGCUUUUGCUUAAGCCUUGUCUUGGACCUAGUGAUGUGUGGAGCCACCUGUCUGGGCUUCUCCACUCUUCUCACUUCUGGUAUGGAAGAUGUGGCAGCUCUUGUUCCUGCCCACUCCAAGGUCAGGUCUGGUCUCUGCUGCCAUCUUGGACUCGACCCUCAGAACACUCUAAAUACUGGCGGGCAGGCUGGAGCACCUCCACUGUUACCUCAGUGCCCAAGUGUGUACUGACACAUACACACUUGUAGGUACAUAUACACAUCUCUGUGCGUGUAAAGGUCUUCAUGGUGCAGAGGGUUUGCAGAUUUGAGCCCAGAUGGGGUAAAGAUUGAUACACUGGUCAAGCUAUCCCAGUAGGCUACCACCCCGUGCCUUCUCUACUUGUCCACUUGUGGGAACUCGUAUACCGCUGUGCAUAUGAGCAUUAAAAGCUGAUUGGACAAAUGCAUCAAGAACAUUCUUGUUUCUGGUGAGCUCACAGACACGCUCCCCCACCACCAGAGUUUUGUAUUUUUGAGACAGUGUCUCACUGUGUCAGCCAAAGAUCCUCCUGCCUCUGCCUUCUGAGUGCUGGGAUUAGAGAAAAGCUCUACCACACCUGCCCCCACUCACCCCCAACCCCCAUCUUUUUGAGAGCUCAACUCCUGAGGUCAAAAUGAUCCUUCCACCCUUGUCUCUGAAGUCACUCAAGCCACAGUGCAUGCCAUCACAUCCUGCCUAUUUUUUGUUUCUCAUUUGAGACACUAGUCUUUUUU